AUGCUUCUUACAGGAAGUGAUAAGAGUUUAGUUGACACUCUGCUAGAAUCUCUAAAUAAAAGGUUUUCUAUGAAAGAUCUUGAAGCUCCCAGCUACUUCCUUGGUGUUGAAAUCCAAAAAUGCAAGGAUGGAUUCUUUCUUCAUCAAACGGCUUAUGCAAAAGACAUUCUCUAUCAGGCUGGUAUGUCCGACUGUAAUCCCAUGCCAACACCACUACCACAAAAUCUUGACAAGAUGAAUACAGAACUCUUCUCUGAACCCACUUACUUUCGGAGUCUUGCGGGAAAGCUUCAAUAUCUCACAAUCACAAGGCAUGACAUUCAGUUUGCAGUCAGUUUUGUGUGUCAACGGAUGCAUGAACCUACAAUCUCUGACUUUGGACUGCUCAAACGUAUAUUGCGAUACAUCAAAGGUACAAUACAAAUGGGGUUGUCCAUAAAGAAGAGCUUUAAUCUGUCUCUUUCAGCGUUUUGUGAUAGUGAUCACUCUGGUUGCAAAAAAACUCGUCGGUCCACAUCAGGGUUCUGCAUUCUUCUUGGUCCAAACCUGAUCAGCUGGUCGGCUAGAAGACAAGAAACGGUCUCACACUCGUCUACUGAAGCAGAGUACAGGGCGCUAACUGAUACGGCUCACGAAAUAACCUGGCUAUCAUUCCUUCUUCGUGAUCUCAGGAUAUCCCAACAGUUUCCAACCUUGCUCCAAUGUGAUAAUCUCUCUGCAGUGGAUCUCAGUACAAACCCUGCUCUUCACAAAUGUUCAAAGCAUUUUGACACUGAUUUCCACUACAUUUGGGAGCAAGUAGCAUUGGGACACAUUGAGACACAACACAGCCCAGCUCAGUUUCAACUUGCAGACAUUUUUACAAAAUCUCUUCCCAGGCGUGAGUUUGAGAGUCUGCGACACAAACUUGGUGUUGGUGUUCCACCCACCACAAGUUUGAGGGGGAAUAUAAGUGAUACUUGUGAGCUGGGCCACAAAAUGAUCCAACAAGGAGGAAGCCCAAUAAAGAAAGCUGGUCAAGGUCAACACUCUCAAGUCAUGCCAAAAGCUGUACCUGCAAUGCCUCUGCUACACAACCGUUUUAGCUCACUGCAAGAUAAGGAUGCUGACUAG